AUGGGUUUCCCUCUCGCGGCCUUGGCUGCCGUGAUCGCGCCGCACGACAACGGCAUGCCGCUGCUCGAGGCCAUUUCGGGCAUUUUUGGCAGCAUCAGUAUGGCCUCGUGGAUCUGCCUCAUGCUUCCACAAAUGGUGGCCAAUUACAAGGCCAAGAGCGCCGAUGGCAUCAGCAUGGCCUUUUUGGUUGUCUGGAUGCUCGGUGACAUUACCAAUCUUUUGGGCGCAUUCUUCACCCACCUCGCCCCGACCGCCAUUGCCCUCGCCUGCUACUUUUGCGUCGCCGACUGCGUCCUCAUCGCCCAGUGCGUCUACUAUAACAGCCUCAACCGCCGCAAAGCCGCCGCCACCUACACCUACGCGACCGAGGACUCGCCGCUGCUCGGCCGCCGCCGCAGCGAGUCAUCGCGCCGCCGCGCGAGCCACUCGUCCCAGGCCAAGGCGGACCUGGCCGACGAGGUCCUCGACACGAAGCCCUGGGUGCGGAACCUGGCCAGCUUGAUCGCCGUUUAUGUGAUUGGCUCCCUCGGGUGGUUCAUCUCGUACAAGGCCGGCGCGUGGAAGUCGGAUCCUACGCCGCCCUCGGACCCUAAUGAGGAGAGGACGACGCUCGAGUUGGUUGGCUUGGCUCUAGGCUACGCCAGUGCCUUUUUCUACCUUGCCGCGCGUGUACCUCAAAUCAUCAAAAACCAUCGCGAAAAGUCGUGCGAGGGUCUCGCUCUGCUCUUCUUCCUCCUCUCGCUCACCGGAAAUGCCACCUACGGCGUCAGUCUGGUCACCUACUCGCAAGACAAGAAGUACCUGCUCAAUGCCGUGCCCUGGCUGCUCGGUUCCGUCGGCACGAUCUUCGAGGACUCCAUCAUCUUCGUCCAAUUCCACAUUUACGCCAACAGCGGGCGCUCCAACUCGUCUGUAUAA